UACUUAUAUUUACUAUAAUAUGGGUGUACGAAAACAGCAUGGCUGCUUGCUGAAGACAGCUGUCAAAAAAUUUCGAUCCUCAGUGUCUCCUCUGCAUGGACGAUUGUCGGGAUAUUUGAAGUUUUCGUGGAAAAGGAAGCAUCGUUCUGCGCGAAACUGAGUAGAAGAAUGUUGACGGCAGCCGCGAAUACGUUAUCCAAUAAUGGCGGCUCUUACAGUAAUGAGAGACCGUCGAGUGCGGGUGACGCGGAUCUCGCGACAGAUCCUGCUUCCGGUGGAUUCUUCCACUCCGAUUAUAAGAAGCAUGAGGAUUUGAAGGAGAUGCUGGAUAGUAACAAGGAUGGCCUUAAACUGGAAGCCAUGAAACGUAUAAUAGGGAUGGUAGCCAAAGGAAGAGACGCAUCGGAGUUGUUUCCAGCAGUUGUAAAGAACGUAGUAUCCAAGAAUAUCGAAGUGAAGAAGUUGGUAUAUGUCUACCUGGUGCGAUACGCCGAGGAUCAGCAGGAUCUCGCUCUUUUGUCCAUAUCAACGUUUCAAAGAGCUCUGAAGGAUCCCAAUCAGCUAAUAAGAGCAAGUGCUUUGAGAGUGCUGUCCAGUAUACGAGUUUCCAUGAUAGUACCUAUCGUGAUGCUUGCCAUCAAAGACUCGGCCAGCGACAUGUCGCCAUACGUACGAAAAACUGCUGCUCACGCUAUCCCUAAACUGUAUUCGUUGGAUCCCGAACAAAAGGAGGAACUGAUAAGUGUCCUCGAGAAGUUACUGUCGGACAAAACCACUCUCGUGGUAGGCUCGGCGGUGAUGGCAUUCGAGGAAGUGUGCCCGGAAAGAAUAGAUCUCAUUCAUAAAAAUUAUAGAAAAUUGUGCAAUUUGUUGGUGGACGUUGACGAAUGGGGCCAAGUGGUUAUUGUUAAUAUGCUCACUAGAUAUGCUAGAACACAGUUUGUCAAUCCAAACAUCGAUAAUUUGGAUGAGGAUGAAAAUCGACCAUUUUAUGACUCUGACUCUGACUCUUCCAAUCCAAAGAAACCGAAGUUCACGUUAGAUCCCGAUCACCGUUUAUUGUUGAGAAAUACGAAACCUUUGUUACAAAGUCGUAACGCGUCUGUGGUGAUGGCGGUCGCGCAGUUAUAUCAUCACGCGGCGCCCAGAAGUGAAGUCAUGACUGCCGCGAAGGCGCUAAUUAGACUGUUGAGGGGCCACAGAGAAGUGCAGAGCAUUGUGCUUCACUGCAUCGCUAGCAUAUCAAUUACAAGAAAGGGAAUGUUCGAGCCCUUCCUGAAAUCGUUUUUCGUGCGGACCUCUGAUCCCACUCACAUAAAGCUCCUGAAGCUCGACAUAUUGACGAAUUUGGCGACUGAAACCAGCAUCAGCGUAAUACUCAGAGAAUUUCAAACAUAUAUCUCUAGCAGUGACAAGGAAUUUGUUGGUGCUAGCAUCCAGGCGAUCGGCAGGUGCGCCAGUAACAUCAAAGAGGUGACCGACACGUGUCUCAAUGGACUGGUAUCAUUAUUAAGCAACAGAGAUGAGGCUAUUGUCGCGGAAAGUGUUGUAGUAAUAAAGAAGCUUCUGCAAACACAGCCGAACGAACACAAGGACAUAAUCGCUCAUAUGGCCAAGUUAAUGGAUUUUAUCACCGUGCCACAAGCCAGGGCCUCUAUCCUGUGGCUUCUGGGCGAAUAUUCCGACAGAGUCCCGAAGAUAGCACCGGACGUGCUGCGAAAAAUGGCGAAGAGCUUUGUGAACGAGCAAGACAUAGUGAAACUGCAAACCUUGAAUUUGGCGGUGAAGCUGUGCUUGAACAAUCCGACGCAGACGAGACCGUUCUGCCAGUACGUCUUCCAACUCGCCAAGUAUGAUCAAAAUUACGAUAUUAGAGACCGCGCGCGAUUCCUACGGCACUUUAUUUUCGAGGACGAAGGCGGCGCGAAGAGGAUGCUUCCGCAAUUUGCGAAGCGGAUUUUCCUCGCCCCGAAACCGGCGCCAACUUUAACGUCCAGGUUCAAGGACUCGGAGUACCAAUUGGGCACUCUGUCCCAUUACUUGGACAUGCCGUGCGCGGGUUAUCGGCCGUUACCGCCUUUUCCUGAGAUUACGCAAGAUUCAUCCGUGCGAGACGUCGCGCCGCCGGUUAUACAGGAGCAUAGAGAAGAACGGCAUAACAGAAAAGAGAAGGAAAGAAAGAAGAGCAAAGAAAAGGAGAAAUCAUUCUACAGCGACGAGGAAAGCACUCCCGUCGAAGGUGAAGAUGAAUCAGAGAAUCAAUCGUCCGACUCUUCGUCCAGCGAGUCCUCGGACGAGGACAGCGAUUCUUCGGAAUACACGAGCGAUUCGGAUAAAUCUGAGACGGGCAGUGGAAAGAAGAGUGAAACGAAGUCUGACGACUCCGAAACCGAAUCGUCAAGCAGAAAAGAAACGGACUCUGAAGAAGAGGAGGAAGAUGAGAGCGAGUCUCAAGAAAGCGAGGAGGAAAAACCCAAAGUCGUUAAGCAAGAAGUGAAAGAAAAGCCGAAGAGCAACUUUGAUUUACUACUCGACCUGGACGAUAUUGCUCCGAUGACUCCUGUGAUGACGCCUAGCCUCGGUGGUUUUCUCACUCCAGUUAACCCAACGGUCACAGACGGUGUCCGAGAAGUGACGACAUCGUACGUUCCGCUGAAGAGGACCGUCUUGUUAAACGGCAUCACGGGGCACGGUCUAAAACUUGAAUACAGAUUUACGAGAUCGCAGCAUUUGGUCAGUGCGAAUUUGGUUAGCAUUGAGUUAACGUUCUCCAACGAAAGUAACGAUGUCAUUAAGGAGAUCCAAAUAGGAAACAAGAAUUUACAAAAGGGAAUGUUUAUUCACGACUUUACGCGCGUACCAUCGCUUGACAUAAACGCCACGUUAUCCUCUACGUUGGGCGUUAAUUUCAACGAUUCCACUCAACCGGCAAACUUUUACAUCGACUUUACGAUCAACGAUGAGAAACACUCGUGUCCGGUCAGUAUCAAGCCGCCGAUCGGGGAGAUAAUAAGAUCUGUAACUUUACCCGAGAGCAUGUUUAACGCGGAGAGGGCUAAGCUAAAGGGUAUGAACGAGCACGCGGCGAAAAUACCGUACUCCGGCAACAAGAACGCUCUCCCGCAAAGAGUCUUUGAGACCGCAAACGUCGCAAGAAUAGCUAACGAGGACGAAAUUAUGCGAUUCGUCGCUCACACCUUAGCGUCGAAAUCGUUGGUGUUGGUGACGAUAAAGUUCAUCGACGCGGAGCAGCUGGAAGUGUGCGUGAAUUGUGAGAAAAUGGUUAUAGGAUCGAUCUUGUUGAACGAAUUUAAAAGUAGCUUGAAAUGAGGCGGGUAUGUACUAUUAAUUAAGGAAUUAAUCAACCUAAGUGCGUUUCAUACACCUGCGAGACCGAGGAUUUAGAUACUCCCGCUUCUUUCGAUACGUGGAAAACUUUCAGGCGAUAUAUAUAUAUACAUAUAUAUAUAUGAACUUGUAUUCCACACUUAAUUUUUAUAGAUAUAAUAUAUAAUUGGAAAUAUAUACGUCUGUGUAUUUCUCCAAAUAUAUAUACACAUGUAACAUGUACGCAAAAUAUCUAAUGUACAAUUGCAGAUAUAUAAAUAUGCUGUUACGCCA